AUGAAACCCCGACUCCCAAUCCCCCUCCGCACCUCCCCGCGACAUGCCUUCCUCCAAAAACCCGCCCAAUGCCUCCGCAACUCCUCCUCAAACCCCGCUCCAUCCACCUACGAACAGCUUCCCCCCACCCCUAACCCCCGCUGGCUCAGCGACAUGAAAGCCCGCCUAGGGAAAUGCAUCAUGUUCGGCGGUCUCGACGCCCCCAGCAUAGCCAAUGCCGCGGGCGCCCUACGCAUCCUAGCCACCGAAUGGCGCUCCCUCGUUGCUGGAAGCGAAGGCUUCCUCGUAGACAAGAAACGCGCAGGCCUGCUACGCCAAAAGGUCGUCUGGGGAGAACAGGACUCCAUGAGCCACGUCAACAACGUCACGUAUGUGCGUUGGGCCGAGAGCGCGCGCGUCAAUUGGGCGAAUAACUAUGCGGUGCAUUUUGAUCCAGCGCAUAGGAGGGAGUGGGCGGAGCUGAGUACGCCCAAGGGGAUUGGCAUGAUUUUGAGGAGUAUCAAAACGGAUUAUAAAUUUGUAGGUUUUUCGUUCUUCUUAUCCCAUGUAGCUACGGAGAGUGGGGUUUUGGUUCUGGUUCUGAUGGUUGAGCAGCCUAUGACUUACCCUGAUCACAUCUCCGUCUUCCAUAAAUUGCAUAGCAUGCCUAAGCCUACAGACUCGCAUUUCGUCCUCGAUGUAAUGAUUGUCUCGGAACUACGGCAACGGCCUGCUGCGAGAUGUGUCGAGGAAAACGUGGUGUAUGAUUAUAGGAAAGGCCAGAAGACGCCGCUUCCGCCGUUCAUGUUAGACGCAUUUCGGAAAACGUGGGAGGCUCAGGAGGCGGAGAAGGAAAGGGUUGAGGAGAGGAUGAAGGAUGUGCUGUGGGCUGUUAGGAGUGUAGAGCAGAGGACAUGGGAUAAAGAAGGGGCGGUGGAGGAUAUGGGAGGGACGAAGUGA